ACCGGCGCCACUCGAGUGCCCUUCGCAGGCCCGGCGGGAAGGGCCGGUCAGCAGAGGGCGAGGCGGCGGCGAGCACCUCCCGCCCCGGAGGAGCCCCCGGGCCCCAGCGCCUCCCCGCAGCCCCGGGGCCGGGCGGGGCGGGGGCGCUGCCGGCCCGGCCCCGGAAGGCUGGUGUGGUUCCGGGCCGCGCGGCGCCAUGGACUCGCUGUGGCGGCUGAAGCGGUUCGAUGCGUUCCCCAAGACCCUGGAAGACUUUCGGGUCAAGACGUGCGGGGGCGCGUUGGUGACGGUUGUCAGCGGGCUCAUCAUGGUGCUGCUGUUCUUCUCGGAGCUGCAGUACUACCUCGCCAAGGAGGUUCAUCCGGAACUGUACGUUGACAAAUCGAGGGGAGACAAGCUGAAGAUCAAUCUAGAUGUUAUUUUCCCACAUAUGCCUUGUGCUUACUUGAGCAUCGAUGCCAUGGACGUAGCAGGAGAGCAGCAGCUGGAUGUUGAGCACAAUCUGUUUAAACAACGUUUGGAUAAAGCUGGCAAUCGUGUGACUCCAGAGGCUGAGAGACACGAGCUGGGGAAAGAAGAAGAAAAAGUGUUUGAUCCAAAUUCUUUGGAUGCCGAUCGCUGCGAGAGCUGUUACGGGGCAGAGUCAGAGGACAUUCGGUGUUGCAAUACUUGUGACGACGUCAGAGAAGCAUACAGGCGGCGAGGCUGGGCCUUCAAGAACCCCGAUACCAUAGAGCAGUGCAAGAGGGAAGGGUUUAGCCAGAAAAUGCAAGAGCAGAAGAACGAGGGCUGCCAAGUGUAUGGCUUCCUGGAGGUCAACAAGGUAGCUGGAAAUUUCCACUUUGCACCAGGAAAAAGUUUUCAACAGUCUCAUGUACACGUGCACGCUGUUGAGAUUCACGAUCUGCAGAGCUUUGGACUCGAUAACAUCAAUAUGACACACUACAUCAAACAUCUCUCGUUUGGAAGGGAUUAUCCAGGCAUUGUGAACCCUCUGGAUGGGACGGAUGUCACUGCACAGCAAGCUUCCAUGAUGUUUCAGUAUUUCGUCAAAGUGGUCCCUACAGUGUAUAUGAAAGUAGAUGGUGAAGUGGUGAGGACUAACCAGUUUUCGGUGACACGACAUGAGAAGAUAGCCAACGGGCUACUGGGAGACCAGGGUCUGCCUGGUGUGUUUGUGCUGUACGAACUUUCGCCCAUGAUGGUGAAGCUGACAGAGAAACACAGGUCCUUCACUCACUUUCUCACAGGAGUUUGUGCCAUCGUUGGAGGCAUCUUUACAGUUGCAGGAUUCAUUGACUCCUUGAUCUAUCACUCAGCACGUGCCAUCCAGAAGAAAAUUGAACUUGGGAAGACAAUAUAAAUAAGCAACGACCUCACCCCACAAAAAAAACUCUAAGGAGAACUAAACAGGUUUUUCAAAACACAAGUGAUGCACAAGAGAAGAGGUUUGGAAUUACCAGAUGGCCCGGACCACUGCCCCGUCAUUCCUCGGCAUUAAUUUGUGGACGGAACUCUUUGAACGUUGCUGCUAUAAAGAUUGGCCGCCUGGUCUGGCUGUGCAGACCCUACUGUAAAAACCCCUUUGUGUCAGUCCACUUUCAGCCGGUUCUACCCCUGCCCAAAAGGGCUGCUGGAGAUGCUGCGUUCUGUUCCCCUCCAGACCCGGGAUGGAUUCAGGUUGCCACCAAACAAGCUUUCUAGCGGCACCAUCCAGCUUUCUAGUUUUCCCUAAACAUGUUUUGAGUGUUCUGAUGCUGUACGCCAGACCCCUGGGGAAAAUGUGCCCGAUCCCACACACUUUCCUUCCAGCUGUCCUGGGCAACUGGGAUGCGCUUACAGAACAGGGGGCGAUGCAUUUGCUCCAGGUUCCUCUUAAGAAAGAUGCAAUUUAAUGUUUCAGGAAAAACAAAAGUGGAGUUUUAAUUGAUUUUUAAAUUGGAGUGUGUUUUUCACUUCCUCUCUGUUUAUAUUUCGAAAUAAAGUCCAUCCUCUGUGUGUUUUGGUACAGCAUUUGAAAGAAAAAUUAAAUUAUUUGAACUAA